AUGCUUUGCGAAACCGAGAAAACGAACGGCCGCACCGCUUUUCCUCCGCCUUUCCUCCGCACCAUAAGAUAUCCAUCAACCUAUCCGACACGUAGAUCACAGUCCCUGCAUGAAGCACAGCCUCUUCAGAGUCGUCGACUGCAUAUCAUAGAUGCUUGA